AUGCAAUGGAUAUCCGAUCUCGCAACUAACCAGAGUGAGUUGUCGACUGGCAAAGCACCUGUGAUCUACUACGACCGAAAACUACUGUAUCAUCCCACAGAUCCGGCUGGGUGUCGCUACAAGUGCGUAUUUAAUCACGAUAAAGAACGAUUGGGCAAGGGUGAUGUUGUGGUAUAUUCUGGCACAUUUUCGCCUGAGGAAGCACGGAAGCUCAAACAACGAGGAGUUCUGAUCGUGUUCGAGUCAGGUGAAAGCCCGUGGCACAUGCCGUCUCUGGACACUUCGCAGUUGAGUCAAAUCGACAUGUUUAACACGUACAUGGCGGCUUCCCCUGUGCCCUACAUGUAUCCCCACUUCGUCCGCAACACAAAACCCAAAUUGAAAUUCACUGACGAGGAAAAAGCUGCGAUGUUGGCAAAAGACAACACUUACCUGCUGCCUCACUACCACAGACAGAAAACAAAAAUAAUCGCGUGGGUUGUCUCCAAUCAUUCGCCGCGAAACAACAGAAAUGCGUACGCAAAGGCGAUUGCAAAAUUCAUUCAGGUGGACAUAUACGGUCAGGGAGGAAGGCAGUUUCCAAGUGGUCGUGAUGAAUUUCAAUGGCUUUCCGAAAACUACAAGUUCUACUUGGCCUUCGAGAAUUCGAACUGCAGAAAUUACAUAACGGAAAAGGUUACAUCAAAUGCAUUGAAUUUAAACAUGGUUCCCAUUGUCCUCGGAGCAUACAAGGAAGACUACAAUGAUGCUCUUCCACCUCACUCCUACAUCAACGUGGAUGACUUCAAGUCCAUUCGCAAUUUGACAGAUUAUUUGCUCUACCUGGACAGAAAUGAUACCGCCUAUGCCGAGUACUUUGCCUGGAAGGAACACGGACAAAUCCAUAGUGAGUUGUCGACUGGCAAAGCACCUGUGAUCUACUACGACCGAAAACUACUGUAUCAUCCCACAGAUCCGGCUGGGUGUCGCUACAAGUGCGUAUUUAAUCACGAUAAAGAACGAUUGGGCAAGGGUGAUGUUGUGGUAUAUUCUGGCACAUUUUCGCCUGAGGAAGCACGGAAGCUCAAACAACGAGGAGUUCUGAUCGUGUUCGAGUCAGGUGAAAGCCCGUGGCACAUGCCGUCUCUGGACACUUCGCAGUUGAGUCAAAUCGACAUGUUUAACACGUAUAUGGCGGCUUCACCUAUACCCUACAUGUAUCCCCACUUCGUCCGCAACACAAAACCCAAAUUGAAAUUCACCAACGAUGAGAAAGCUGCGAUGUUGACAAGAAACAAAACUUACCUGCUGCCUUACUAUCACAGGCAGAGAACAAAACUAAUCACGUGGGUGGUCUCUAAUCAUCGGCCACAAAACAACAGAAAUGAGUACGCAAAGGCGAUUGCAAAAUUCAUUCCGAUCGCGGUAACCCUUGGCCCCAAUGCUUCACGUGACGUGCAGCAAAUGGUUUUGUGA